UUACUACGCUAGAUCGAGGGGAGAUGGACGCUGCCGGUUUGGACUCCAACGGUCAUGGAUUCCGCAACGCAGAGGAGAUGUGGAGAGAGGAGAUCGGCCUCGGUGAGCGGGUGGAAGAAGAUGCCACAUCUGCCCCCGCCGCCAAACGCCAUGCCUGGUAUCGGAAGGGCAUCUCCUACUGGCAAGGCGUGGAUGCAUCGGUGGACGGAGUUCUUGGUGGUUACGGCCAUGUAAAUGAGGCUGACGUGAAGGGAAGCGAGGCCUUCCUCAAACCCUUACUUAUCGAUCGGUUUGGAAACGAAAGGCGGCACCUUGUGGCCCUUGAUUGUGGUUCAGGCAUAGGGAGGGUCACAAAGAAUCUCUUGCUGAGACAUUUUAACGAGGUCGAUCUUUUGGAGCCUGUAUCACAUUUUUUAGAUGCUGCUCGUGAAAAUCUUGCUCCCGAAGGUGAUAUGAAAGAAGAUGUGCACAUGGCUGUCAAUUUCUUUUGUCUCCCACUUCAGGAAUUUACUCCGGAGAUUGGAAGGUAUGAUGUGAUAUGGAUCCAGUGGUGUAUAGGACAUCUACCGGAUGAUGAUUUUGUAUCAUUCUUUAAGAGAGCGAAGGUUGGCUUAAAGCAGAAUGGCUUCUUUGUUGUUAAAGAGAAUGUUGCAAAAACAGGAUUCGUCUUGGAUACCGAAGAUAGUAGCAUCACAAGAUCUGAUUUGUACUUUAGGGAUCUUUUCAAACAGUGCGGCCUGCACGUUCACAGCUCAAAGGAUCAGAAAGGAUUUCCUGCAGAACUUUUUGCUGUUAAGAUAUAUGCUUUAGUGUUUGACAAGCCCAAAGGUGGAAGAAACAAAAAACUUCGUUAUAAGCCGGCCCCGAUCAAGGAACGCCGGCGAUCUUAGCAGCCUCUCUGAAUGUUUAUUGCCUGAACAUCUACUAACCCGCCACCAGAGAUUGGCAAAGUUAAGGUGUAAGAACUCCUUGAACAUUCUUUCAGCAUUCACUUUCAAUUUUUCAUUUCUUUGUAUGUGAAGAUGAAGUUAAGCAGAUGAUGCAUUGGGUAAUGGUUGAUCUUCCAAUCAGCUGGUUUCUUAAGCUUUCUACACUGAAAAUGUUCUCCAGCAGCUCCAAAAUUUUGCUCAUCCUUGAGAUUUUGGUCUAAAUGAUUCUGAUUAUGCUGCA